AUGUCGUCCCAUUGUUCCAAUGUUAGCAUGCAUUACCAUUCGAACCAGACUACGGCUCCCAACCUGGACACGUUGAGUUUUUUACUUUCUAAAAAUAAGUCUCGAGGUGGGAAAGGGAACUGGCAAUAGGCUUAGCGAGCCCGACAGGAAGGUAUUGGCCAAGUGUUGCUGUGCGAUUAAUUCGUGUGGCUGGUGUGUGUGAUGGUGGCUACUUUUGUGAUUGCAGGUUGUCCAGUGCCCCACAAGCCUUAGUAUUGUGCAGCGGUGUCUCUUUCCUCCUUCCUACUUGAGCUAGAGCUUGCUCUCAACCGAAGAAGGGCAAACUCUUUCACGUGUUAGUCUUUGCUCUCUCUCUCUUUUUUUUUUUUUACGUGGUAUGUUUUCAGCGGUAGGGUACAACUGAGAGGAGGGCACAUGUACAUACUGAUGUUUUGUCCAUGGGGUUUAACUGAUUGGAACCACCCCUUGGGAUACAGAAGUUUUUAUUCGACUAAUCGAGCCCGUUUGGGCUACGGCAGCCGAAGACAGGCUACUUGUAUGUACUUGGGGGUGCCUGUUGUAGGCGCACUAAAUCACUGCACAACUUGCAUUCAGUUCGGGGACAAACAAUGCAAGCGACAACUCUUCUUAUUUCUAGCACUCCUUGUGAAGAUUUGUGAGCUUGUAUCAUGCACUAACGUGGCAGUGCAUGUGAGUGCAAGGAUAUGAUAAUGACGACAGAGUGUACGAUGAAGCAUAGCGAACUGGGUAACCUUACACAAGCACCAAGAGGACAUUGAGCUGUAAUAGUGUACAAGGUGAUAAGCAUGCGAUAAGCUAGCAUAUGUUUUUUUAUUAUCUUCCUGUGCUUUUUUUAGGAAGUGCUAUGGGUAAUCUAAAAUAAAUUGAGGCAUGUUUUAGUGCCUCUUUGGAGUAAAAAAUACAUAGGAUGGGAAGAAUACUAAACUUUUAAUUUAAAUUGAGAACACUUGGAGGUGUAGCACACAAGCUAGUACACGGAAAAAGGUCACGCGCCGUGCAGUGUUAUUGUUGUACAAAUAGAAUGCCGAUUUUGGUAUUAGUGACACAGUUUUUCAUAAUUGCAGAUAGCCUUUCAAUAAAACAUAGUUCCACAAAGAUCAUUUGCAAGGGAAAAAAAAUUCUUUGGGGUGAGUUGGUUUCACAUUUUUUGUUCUCUCAAGAAGUGGUAUUGUGGUGGGGAGAGAGACUGCACAGCUUGCUGAAUGAGCUGCUUUCUCAAGUGCACUUCUGGUACGAGCAGCAGUGUGUAGGUGGGGGAGGCCAAAAUUUAGCGAUAUCCAUGUUGGGAGCUGUAGUCCUUUCUCGAAACUCACUGUCUUGUGUACGGUUUCUGGCACACUGAAUGUGUGCCACUUAAUGCUAAGUGUCAGAACAACAGUCUACAUAAUGCUCCUGCUUUGUGUCUUAUAGACCCCACAAUAGACACCUGAACUUCUUCCCUAUGUACUACCAUUGGGAGUCGUCAAGAAGGUAGUAAACUCUCUAGGGCAUACACACCUUUGCACACUUGGAAACAUUUUUAUUUUCAUUUCUUUGGCUUCAUAGAGAGGUUUUAAGAUGUGUGUGAAGUACAUACACAGGCUGAGCUCUGCUUGGGAGCUUCCUGUGCAGGUAUUGUGCUAUAGAAAGAGCAAGUAUGGAGUUUCUGUUCCUCGCUGGUGUGUUCAUGUGUUAUUAUUCAGAUCAAGAGGAGAGCUAAAGUUGUGACGUUCAGUUGUAUCUUUAAAUACGAGAGUUGAUUUGUUUGCAUCUCUCUGUUGAGAGAGACAAUUGUACAUAUACACAAACACAAGUUCAGCGGGAGAACUGGGCAAAGGCUGCUUCUCAAAUGGUGUACCAUUCUCCUUGUCUCAGGGAUGGCUGGGAAAAAGAUGGCCGCCGACUUCCCCACGUUUGAAACGCUCCGAUGAAGCCAUUUGUCUUCCGUGGAGGCCACUUUGCGCUUGAUUUCAGUUUUCUGUAACUUUUUUUUUUUUUCUCUCUCUCUCUUUCUAAAUCUCUCUAGGUUUUGGGUCGAGCUCACGGUAUCUCAGGUGUAAGUGUGGAAGUUGAUUUUUUUUUUUUUUUUUCCUGUGUGAAUGAGUGUGUUUGAACAGCUUGUAGUACUCGAGGACACAUUAAAGCUGGGAGGGGGCUACAGUAGGAAGAUAAGAUACCCAAGGGAUAGAGGCUCGAUGCAGAUCAGGUUUGUGGCAGGAAAUUUGUUACAAAUAAGAUGUAGCUCUGAAAAAUUAGUCAGUGAAGCUCUAAGGCAAAUGAAUAUAUGGAAAUACAUGGACACAUUUGCAUGUGCCUAUGGAGGUGAACAGUAGCUUGUCUCAAGGACAUCCCCCAGAGAAAGGACACACAGGAGGAUAGGUUGUACUGUAGGCGAUGAGCAACGCUUUUGGUUGCUUCAUAUUAGGGUAGAUCUUUGUGGAUGCAUGAGAUGUUAUUUGUGUAGGUAAGAGCAGUGAAAAAAAUACAAGGAUGUGUGUGUGCUGGUGUGAAUGGGGGGUAGGCUCUGUCUCUUCCAGGUGCCUUAGGGAUUCACACAGGUAACCUCUUGUCGCGAUGGUAGUGGCAUUUCCUGUUUGUGCUACGAAGGUGCCUCUGAGAAUCGCAGCACCUAUCAAAAACCGUGUGGUACAUCUGUCUACAAUUCACAUUGAAAAUUCUCUGCAGACAAUUGUUGCCUGAUUACAUCUCAAAGGCACCUUCGAACAACUCCCAGAAAGCUGGAAGCAUGCAAAUUGAAGUUUUCUGACUCCACACUCUGUCUCUUCCCCUUCCUGCUCCUGUGACCCUUUUGCCCCACCCACCUCCACUGGAUGAUGUGCUGUCCUCUUCUACUGCAUUGGGUGCAUCUUCCUCCUCAUGCUGGAUGGGUCAUGUGCUGUUUACCUCCCUUGGUCCUCCGACAGGAUGACGUUAAUGGCAGAGGUUCGUCCAGCAGAACAGCAACGCAGUCCUCCUCCCAGGAAGAGCCUAGAAGCUCUGGUGCCGACAAGGAAAACAGGCAUGACAGCAAGAAACGUCGUAGUCGUAGCCGAGGGAGGAGUAGGAGUCGAAGUCGUGGACGACAUGGCAGCCGUAGGCACAGCGGAGACCGUGACCAUGGACGCAGUCGUCGAUCUCGUUCCAGGUCUAGAGAACGCCGUCACAGAAGAUCUCGCUCCCGUUCCCGGGAUAGGCGACGACCGCCACCACCCCCACGUGGACGCAGCAGGAGCAGAAGUAAGGAGAGGCACCGACGCCGAUCACCUUCUCCAAAGAAAAGAGAUGACAAGGUCUCACCAUUUGGUUCACGACCCCAAAGGCCAAUGCUUGAAGAGACCACCCCAGAAGAGCGUGAUAUGCGGACAGUGUUCUGCAUGCAAUUGUCACAGCGCAUCCGUGCAAGAGAUCUGGAAGAAUUCUUCUCCUCUGUUGGCAAAGUUCGUGACGUCAGAAUGAUCAUGGACAAUAAGACGAGGCGCUCUAAAGGAAUUGCGUAUGUCGAGUUCCAAGAUGUGGACUCUGUUCCCCUGGCAAUGGGUCUGAGUGGACAGAAGCUGUAUGGGGUACCAAUCAUAGUACAGCCCACCCAGGCAGAGCGAAACAGGGCAGCAGCAAAUGCCACUACGCUACAGAGGGGCACCGUGGGACCUAUGCGCCUCUAUGUGGGCUCCCUGCAUUUCAACAUCACUGAAGAGAUGCUAAGGGGGAUUUUUGAACCCUUUGGGAAGAUAGACAAAAUUGAGCUCAUCAGGGAUAUGGAGACCAAUCGGUCAAAAGGGUACGGAUUCAUCACAUUCCACGAUGCUGAAGAUGCGAAGAAGGCCCUGGAACAGCUGAAUGGCUUUGAGCUAGCAGGCAGGCCAAUGAAGGUGGGACACGUCACGGAGCGUACUGAUGCCUCGCAGGCACCAUCCUUCUUGGACAGUGAAGAACUUGAUCGAUCGGGUAUUGAUUUAGGGGCUACUGGACGCCUCCAGUUGAUGGCCAAGUUAGCUGAGGGCACGGGAUUUCAAAUUCCCCAGGCGGCAGUGAAUGCUCUUCAGAUGAACCCCCUGGGCCUUCCAGGCCAGCCACAGGCUACCCCAACUAUUGCUACUCAGUGCUUCAUGCUCUCCAACAUGUUUGAUCCGUUCACUGAAACAAAUCCAACGUGGGAUGAGGAGAUCCGCAACGACGUAGUAGAGGAGUGCCGGAAACAUGGUGGUGCUCUGCACGUGUAUGUUGACAAGGCCUCCCCCGAAGGACACGUUUAUGUCAAGUGCCCGACCAUCUCCUCCGCUGUGGCUUCUGUCAAUGCCCUGCAUGGACGAUGGUUUGCUGGACGAAUUAUCACAGCUGCCUAUGUGCCGGUGUUGAGCUACCACGGUCUUUUCCCAGACUCUGCAACUGCAACUGCCCUCAUGUAAUGAGCAAAAUGGACAAGUUUUGUGCCUGUUAAUCAGUAGGAACGCAAACAUGGGCCGUGGGGGGUUGGAGAGUGUCACUGUGGGACGAGAUGCUGAGUGCUGGCAACUUUUGCCCAGUAACUCGGCUGUUCAUAAAUCAUGCUGUCAUUUGUAAUGUAAAUAUAAGGGUUCCUCUUUUUCUUUUUUUUUUAUGUGUGCAUCAAUAAAUCACUUUUGUACAGAU